AUGCAUAAUUCUACAACUUGUAUUAUUCCGCAUUUCCAUCUGCCGUCCGCUCUUCUCAGCAGUGACUGUUUCUUCAGCCGGUUUGAGCCAUCCUUUCAUUCAAUGUCCAUGCAAUUCAUUCACAAUGUGGCUGCUUUUUCUCCCCACUUCCCCGCUUUUCCCCACCCCACCCCCCCUCUCCCUUACGGUCUCGCCCAGGUGCGCCAGGUGGUUCACAGGAAUCCGCAGCUGCGGCGGAUCUCCUUCAUCGCUCACUCUCUGGGCGGCGUCCUCUCGCGCUACGCCAUCGCUCAGAUGUACCACCCCCCCUGCCCAACUGCCUCACAUGAACCGUCCUCACAUGAACCUCCCUCACGUGAACCUUCCUCACAUGAACCGCCCUCACGCGACAGUACGAGCGGCCCUUCUAAAUGCGAUCCUUCCAGUUGCGACCCUUCAGGCCACCACUUGCACAGGCAAACGAGCCAACAUACACAACCAGAGGACGACUAUUUCUCGAGCUCCUCACGUACACCUCCACCAGAGGAGCACUCACCAGAUACCACCUUCCCCACAUGCGCCUCCACCUCCUCUCUACCCUCCGAUGCACCAUCCCUGCCGCGCCAUUUCAUGCCGAAAUCACCAAGUGUGUCGGUUCUGGAUGUUCUUCGGAAGCAGGAGGAGCAGUCGCAGCUGGGGGAUUCGUUCCCUCCCAUGUUGUUUCUAGAUGCGGAGGAUGAGCGGGAGGAGGAGGAUGGGUACCAGGUGGAGCAGCAGGAGGAGCAGAAGCAGGUCGGGGAGGGGGAGAGCCAGGGGCAGGGGCAGGGGCAGGGGCAGGGAGAGAAGGGUGAGUGGAAGGACAAUGAAGUGCGAAUGAGAGAGCAUGAAUUCCCUGAAGCUGGUGGCAGGUUGGAGGAACACGAGAGUGAGCUUGCAGCAGCAGAGAUCGAAGGUGAACAUGCAACAGAGUCAACCAGCAGUAGCAUUGAUGGAGGCUGCUGCAACGUGCAGGGGGGGAAGGAGGAGGAAGAGGAAGAGGAGGAGGAAGAAGAAGAAGUGGAAGAGGAGGAGGAGGACGAGGAAUGGGGAGGGCGAUACCAAGGGCCGUGCAUAGCAGGGCUGGAGCCAAUGAACUUUGUCACGCUCGCUUCGCCACACCUAGGCUCUCAUGGGAAAGGGCAUCUGCCCUUUUUGCUCAAGGUGAGCCUCUUCGAGAAGGCGUCGGUCCCACUCGCCCCGCUCUUCCUCGGCCGCUCUGCCCGCCACCUCUUCCUCACAGACGUCGAUCCUCCUGUCGAAACACCCGACGCGGAACCUCCAGUCGAUACCGGCGAUCCGGACCCUACCAUUGGUUCGACUGGCGCCGAAGCUCAUAUUGAAACCACCGGUGCAGCCAACGCUCGGUUUGAAACCCCCGGUGCUGCUGAGCUUCUAGCACCGUCUGGUAUCGAUCCCCAUCUCAGCACCGACACGACUGUCUCCUCCUCUUCCAUUGACGCUGGGCGUCCCCUUGCUAACCUUUCUGUUAACCCAGCUGCUGAAGGCCUUGCUGUGGGUGCUGACCAUUCAGGAACCAGAAGCAGCGGGAAGGGAGGGGCUGGGAAGCAGCAGCGGCAGCAGCAACAACAGCACCAGAAGAAGCCGCAGCAGCAGCAUGGGAUGGUGCGGCUGCAUCGGCUGGGAAGCAGCCUGUUUGACGUGACAAGGGUGGCAGCAGCAGAAGGCCCUUCAGAGGAGACAACAGAGAAAGGGGUUGGGAGUCGCAAGGAGAAACACCAGCUGCCUCUGCUGCUUCGCAUGACCACUGACAACGAGGAAGGCCCCUUCCUGUCUGCUCUCGCUGCAUUCAAGUACAGAGCUGCAUACGCAAAUGUCUCAGGGGAUCAAAUGGUUGGCUGGCGAACAGCCUCAAUCCGACACCAGUGGGAGAUGCCGUCGCUUGACAAACUGCACGAGCUGCCAGACUAUCGCUUCAUCGUGAGAGUACAGCCCAUGCCGUGCCAAUCAGAGAAACCAGUAGUGCAGCCCGAACCGAGGGAGCCAGAGCCAAGGGCCCCUGGAUGUCCUGACACAGGUGCAGGAGGAGAGGAGAAAGGAUGCCACACCAACACCCCGUUGUUGCACUUGGUUGCUUGUGAUGCUUCGCGUGCCAGUGCUGCCUCUGCUGCUGUUGCUGCUGCACGAGCGGACACCACAGGUGCUUUAGCAGCUGAAGCUUCUGAUUUUGUGGCAGGGAAUGCCACGGGUGAUGCUUCAGGUGGUCCUUCAGGUGGUCCUUCAGGUGGUCCUUCAGGUGGUCCUUCAGGUGGUCCUUCAGGUGGUCCUUCAGGUGCUCCUUCAGGUGCUCCUUCAGGUGCUCCUUCAGGUGGUCCGUCAGAAGGAUCUGGAGGUGACGCUCCAGAGCCCAAGGAGCACACUAAUUUCUUUGCGCGGUUGAAGGGAAGGUGGAAAGCGGGGGGGAAGACACCAUCAACUCCCGGCUUUGGCCUGGGCUUUGGGUUCGGUUCCCCACAGCAGCAGUUCCUGCCGUCCAAGCAGCAACCACUGAAGCUGAAAGACAAGGGGCAUACUGAGCAGGGUGAGGAAGGAGAACAGGCCUUUGAGAACCAUAAAAAAUCACCUGACGAUCCUCCUGAGGGUUCACCUGAGGAGGGUGAGGAGGAACGGUUGCAGCUGGUGCGUAGCAUGAGUGAGGGUAUGGUUCCUAGGGGCGCGAGUGGCAGGGGCAGCGGUGAUGGUGGCAGUGGCGGCAGCGGGAGUGGGGCCAGCAGUGGGGAAGGUAGUGGCAACAGCAGAACAGGACGAGGGGCGAUAAAGAACGAGAUUGAGCAUGGGAGUGAUGAGGGAUGGCGUGGGGAUGAGAAUAAGGCGAGGAGAGCAUCUAUUGGUGGUCCUGCUGCUACUGCUGCCGCUGCUGGUGGUGCUGGUGGUGCUGCCAUGCUGCCGCGCGCUGCAGGGAUAGCACCGAAGAAGCAUAGCAUUCACAUGCAGUGGGAAGCCAAUGAGUCCCUUUCACGUCUCAAACCCCUCACCUGCCCCUCAGACGCCAUGGUGGACAAUCUCAACCGUGUCGCAUGGGCUCGCAUAGAUGUCAACUUUGCAUCGUCACCACUUGCCUUCCUCGCUCACAUCCUCAUUCAGGUAUUGCCUCUCCUCGCUCACAUCCUCAUUCAGGUAUUGCCUCUCCUCGCUCACAUCCUCAUUCAGGUAUUGCCUCUCCUCGCUCACAUCCUCAUUCAGGUAUUGCCUCUCCUCGCUCACAUCCUCAUUCAGGUAUUGCCUCUCCUCGCUCACAUCCUCAUUCAGGUGAACAUCCCAACACUCAAGGCGCAUGGAGCCAGUGUGAUACAGCAUGUGCGACAGAGCAUGUGCGACACAGCAGGUUCACAUGCUUCCUCUGUCAACCCCUUACCCAAUGGCCUCCAGGUGAACAUCCCAACACUCAAGGCGCAUGGAGCCAGCGUGAUACAGCAUGUGAUCGACAACUUUGUGGUGUAG